AAAAAAAAAGAAAUCAUGGCUAGUAAUAAAAUAACUCAAUUAACUUAUCAAAUGAAUAUAUUAAAUUCAUUAGAAAUAAAAGAAGAUAUAUACAGUCCAAUAUUUAGUACUGGAGAUAAUCUGUUAUGGCAAUUGUGGUUUGUACCAAUAAUUAGAAAUCCCAUGAAUAAUAAAGAAUAUUGUUCAAUAUAUAUAUUACCUGUAGCAAAUCCUGAUGAAACUUCUUGGAGAAAAAGAUCAAAAUUUUCUAUUAAAUUAUCUGUUAAAGAAAUCAAAAAUUUUCAAACUUAUAACUUAAUUUCAAGUAAUAAUGAAUUAUCUAUUUCUCCUGAUACUAAGAUUGAAAAUGGAUAUGGAUAUCCUGAAGCGUUUGAAAGAACAUCACUUUAUAAUGGAGAAUUAAUUAUUUGUGUAACAUUUGAUAAUAUUGAGUAUAGAGAUAAUAAACAAUAUAAUAAUAGUAUUUCACUUGAUCCGUUACCGGAAAAUCUUGUUGCAGCAUGGAAAAAUCAAUUAUUUAAUAUUCAACCAGUUGAUGUAGAAUUUAAUGUACAAGGGGAAAAAUUUUAUGCUUGUAGCUCAAUACUUAUUCAAAGAUCCAAAUAUUUUGAGAAUGCUUUAUCAGGUAUGUGGGCUGAAUCAACGGUUAACAAUCAAAAUGAAGAUAUCUAUAACGAAACAAAGGUGGAAAAAAAUAUAAAGGAGGGAGAAACUGAUAAAGAAAUCGUUGAUUCGGUUAAAUCAGUUGAUCUGAAGGAUAAUUCAGAAGAAAUGAAUGAAGAAAAAUUAAAACAACAAAUUAAACAUAGGAUCUAUAUAUCAGAUUAUAAACCAUUUUCGUUCGCGAAAAUGUUGUGCUAUCUUUACACAAAUCAAAUUGAUUGGACUAACGAUAAUAAUGGCAUGGAUGAAACCACUGAUGAGAAUAUUUCUUUUACAAUAGAAAUUUAUUGUAUAGCAGAUAGAUAUUUAUUAACGGAUUUACGUCAAAGGGCAAAAAAUAGAAUAUUUGAAGAAUUAACUGUAAAUAAUGUAGCAGAAAUCAUGUUUCGUUUAGUACCUAAAUAUGAAGAUUUAAAAGAACCUAUUCUCUCUUUUAUGGCUGAAAAUUUUGAAGAAGUGUGUAAUUCUAAAGGAUUUAAAGAUGUUUUGGCAAAUCCUAAUGAUUAUACUUAUUAUAAUCGAAUCAUGUCUGAAGUUUUAUCUCAACAUUUUAAAAUUCAAAAAGCUAGACUUAACAAGCAAAAUUUGCAAACACACACUCCUGUUAAUGUUGCAUUGCCUCCAAUGAGACCUUUACCGCCUGCUGGUAUGAGACCUCCUCCACUACCAUUACCUUACAAUCCUUCUGUUGGAUUUAGACAACCUUCACAAUCUACUAACAGCAACAAUAAUAACAAUUCUACGUAAAAUGUCGUAACGUAGAGUCACGUGAUUAUUGUGAUUCUAUUUCGUUAUAGAGUUAUCGUCGUAAGAUAACGCCAUAAUACCAGUGAUAAUGUAUUUCUGUAUAUGGUUAUAUUAAUUUCGGCAAUUUCAAAAAAAAGAACUUUUGUCGGUCUUUGUUAUACAGGAAUUAAAGGAACACGAUCGUAUUAAUAUAUCGUACAAUAAAUCUUUUUUUAUCAUAAUUAAUAAUCUAUUUAAAAUUUUUUUUUCUUUUUUUAUCUAUC